GACGUUAGGUGGCGCGCCGACGUCCGAUCAGUUCAAACUUCUGAACCUUUUGGCUUGCCAUACAAACUGGUGAAGAAACAGCGGCGGCGGCUUCGGGUGACGCAGACUGUGAAUGGCAGCGUCUUCGUCCUCGUCCUCGGCCGGAGGAGUCAGCGGCAGCUCGGUGACCGGGUCCGGCUUCAGCGCCUCUGAGCUCAUCCCGCCCAGGAAAGUGCUGUACACCUAUCCGAAAGGAGCCGGAGAGAUGAUGGAGGAUGGAUCUGAUCGAUUUUUAUGCGAGUCUGUGUUCAGCUAUCAAGUUGCAUCCACACUGAAGCAGGUUAAACAUGAUCAGCAGGUGUCACGGAUGGAGCGUCUGGCCGGACUGGUGGAGCAGCUGGAGGCGGACGAGUGGAAAUAUAAACCCAUCGAGCAGCUCCUGGGAUUCACGACCUCAUGACUGCAUUCAGAACAGACGGAUCAGUUUCUCCGCUUGUAAACAUAUUCAUUGGUUUUUCCCCGUCUUGAAUGAGCUGAAGUUCUUAUGAAUGGACUGUAGGUGUUUGUUGUUUUGGUUUAUAAUCUUCAACAUUGAGUGUUUGUGAUCAUGUGUGUAAAUAUGCUUUAUGUUUUUGGAUACAGCUUUAGGAACACUUUAAAAUAUAUUUAAAAAAAAAUACAUGUAUGAACAAUAAAAGCCUUUUUAAGCACAA